AAUCAAUCGUUUACUAACAGCUGAGAAAUAAGUAUGGCUGCUCUGUGAAUGAUCAACAGUGCACCGGCUUAUUUUGAUUGAUAAAGUGAUAUUUUUGCGAACAAUUACUAAAAAGUUGGAGAAGCAAUUGUAAUUUGAUCAUCAUGCCGGAGGAAAACGUCCGAGUAGCCGUCAGAGUGCGACCUUUCAAUCGACGUGAAAGGGAGAGAAAUGCCACGCUUAUCAUUGAAAUGAAUGGGGCGACAACCCAGAUUACAGACCCUUCUGGAAGCGAUGAACCACGAAAAUUCACAUUUGAUUACAGCUUCUGGUCUCAUGAUGGAAGCAAAGAAGAGAGUAAUGGAUACUAUGGCCCUGAUUCCUCCCAUCCAAAUGGCAAAAAAUUUGCUGACCAGAAAAAAGUGUAUGAUGCAUUAGGUGUAGCUGUGUUGAAAAAUGCAUGGGAAGGAUAUAACAGCACAUUAUUUGCCUACGGACAAACUGGAUCCGGGAAAAGUUGGUCAGUUGUCGGAUAUGGAAUCAACAAAGGUAUUGUGCCCUUGUUCUGUGAUGAUGUCUUCAAACAAAUUGAAGCAAAGAAGGCAGAAGGAGAUAAGACUGAGUUUGAGAUUACAUUCAGCAUGUUGGAAAUCUACAAUGAACAAGUUCGUGACCUUUUGGAUGGUUCACGAAAGAAAAGUGGUUUGAAGGUCCGACAGCAUCCCAAGCUGGGAUUUUAUGCUGAUGGACUGAAAAUUGUACCUGUGAGUAACUAUUCUGACAUUGAGCAGAGAAUGGAGGAGGGGACUCAGAACAGGACUGUAGCCUCCACAAACAUGAAUGCCACCAGCAGUCGAGCCCACACCAUUGUUGGAAUUACUUUCACCCAGAAAUUCCAGAAUGCUGCUGGAGAAGACACCACUAAAACAGCUGUUACUAACCUGGUAGAUUUGGCUGGCAGUGAGAGAGCUGACAGCACAGGAGCAACUGGUGACCGCCUGAAGGAGGGUGCCGCCAUCAACCAGUCUUUGUCCUGUCUGGGUAACGUCAUUGCUGCCCUGGCAGACAGGUCCUCCGGAAAAAAUACCCGAGUUCCCUACAGAGACUCUGUACUGACCAAACUACUGAAGAAUGCUUUGGGGGGGAACAGCAAGACCAUCAUGAUUGCUGCCCUGUCCCCCGCCGACAUCAACUUCGACGAGACCCUCUCCACCCUGAGGUAUGCUGACCGAGCCAAGCAGAUCAAGAACAGUGCCUCUGUCAAUGAGGACCCCACGGAGAAGCUGAUUCGUGAACUACAGGAGGAGAACGAGAAAUUGAAGGCCAUGUUAGCCUCUGGGAAACUGGAGAUGGUUGCUGGGGAGGAAGACGAUGAUUUGACUGAUGAAGAGAGAAAGCAGAUUAAAGAAGACCUGGAGGACCAGUAUAAGUCAAUUCUGGACAAGAAUGCCCAGGAAAUGGAGGAUAUGAAGAAAACUUUUGAGGAGAAAUUGAAAGAGGCUGAACAGAAAGGGGGUGGAGGAGGUGCUGACUUUGCUGCCAUUGCUGAGAAGAAGAAGACAGUGCCCCAUCUAUCAAACUUGAACCUUGACCCUCAGUUGUCAGGUCACAUUGUCCACUUUAUAGAGGCCCCAGAAGUGUGUUUGGGAGCAGAAGGAGACAUUGUGUUUAAAGGACCAAGUGUGGCGGGCAAACAUGCAAUCAUUAAGGAUGAUGGUGGAAAGUUCACAAUUGAACCUUGUGAGGUCACGAACCGUCUGCUGCAGAAUGGAAAGGCUGUUGUCGCCAAACAAGCCCUCAACCACAACGACAGACUGAUCUUUGGAACCACCCAGUACUUUGUCUUUGUGAAUCCCAAAGAAAGAGAUGCUUCCAAGCAGAAGUUCCCUGAAGUUACAUUUGAGAUGGCUCAAGAAGAGGUGGCCAAAAAGUCUGGAUUUGACAUGAGUGGAGAGAACAAAUCAAGAGAGGAUGCCUUGCUUCAAGAAGACAUGUUAGAGAUCAUGCCAGCUGUGGAGGAAGCCAAUGCUAUAAGUCAGGAGCUGGACAAGAAGAUGAAGUUUGAGUCCAUGAUUGUCUCCCCUGAGGCCCGAGGGGAACAGACGGGUAGAACGGAAGUCAUGAUCAAGGCCACCAACAUUGAAACCAAACACGAGUGGAUAUGGCCCAAGGUCAAGUUCAUGAACAGGAAGUACGUUAUGCAGGAGAUGUACAAUGAUUUCUUGGAUGGAGAUGACCCCUGGGACUUGCCCCCUGACAAGGAUCCAUUUGUUGAUGACAUCAAUGCAGAGUUCCACAUUGGUAGUGUCAAGAUUUGGCUACAGUCCACCUCCUAUAUGAUUGCCAUGAAGGAACAAUUGGACGUCAUUGAUUACAGAGGAUAUGAAGUAGGAAAAGUCAAUAUUGAACUCGUCCCCUGUAACAAGUCAGGAAAAGAGCUAUCUGAGGAUGAAGUUUUUGUGGAGGAUCCAUCAGAACUUGAGGGCAAAGAAGUGUACUUCAAACUGAAGAUAGAAAACGCCAUGGGUCUGCCAUCAAAAUUCACUGAUUUGUAUGCCAAGUAUAUUUUCAACCAUGAGCCAAAACCAUUUGAGACUAAGAAGUUGGGCAAUACUAUUAAUCCCCAGUGGGCCUUCAACCAGGUGCAUGGAUUUGCGAAGGCCACAGCUGAGGACCUAACAUUCCUCAAAGAUGGGGCCAUCAUGCUGCAGGUGUGGGGGAAACAGAAGCCGCCCAAGGAAAAGAAACACUUGAACACCAAAGACGCCAUGAUCAAGGGGGCCAUGACUAAGGGUCAGUCCCACAAUGUGAACACUAACAACAAGAAGGUGGACCCGGAGAAAGUCAAGUACAUGAUGAAGUGUGCCAUGCUGGAGAAGAAGACCCAGCAUCUGGAACAGAAACUGGCUGCCAUGAAGCGUAUGUUGGAGGAAGCAGACAAACACAAGAAGAAGAAGCUGACCACCGACCUAAUUCACAAGAUCUACUAUGCUCCCACAAACGACGCCGCCGAGAAAUGCAUCGCCCUUAUCCCACAGGAAAAAGAUGACACCUCCUCUGAAUCCUCUAAAUCUUCCUCCUCUUCUUCUUCGUCCUCUUCUGAUGAUGAGAAAAAAUCAGGAAAGGGCACUGGUAAAAAAAAAUUACACAAGAGGAAAGCGUCGUCUGCUGAUAAACUCAAGAAAGAAAGGACAUCAUCUGCUAACUCUAACAAGUCAGCUAAAUCAGAGGGAGGGGCUAAGUUGAAACCACCACAGAAGAAGGAAAAGAUGGAGAAAAAGGAAGACCCCAAAGCUAAGAAACAGACAUCUGAGGCCAUUAAGAACCAGAACAAAUCCAGUUCAUGUGUACUCUUGUAAAAAUAACAAUCUUAGUAUAUUGACACAUGCUUUAUUUCAAACAUUUAUACAUUUUGUGUUAUGUAUAUAUGUAUGUUAUUGUUUACUGCUUUUCACUUGCUGUAUCUGUCCUUCAGGAUUUAGAAGAAGGAAAAAAAAUGUUCUUUUGAAACACACAUUUCCUUGAUAUUAUAUUUUCAUUAUGAGGAUAUAUUAUGAUGUUUGCUCACAGACCCUAUCAAUGUGUUCCCUUUUAUUUACAAUGCUGACUCUAAAGAUUUUUUUAUGAUAAUUUUAUAGAUUGUUUUUGCAUUCUAAAUCAUGUUGCGGGAGGACAAUUAAAGUCUUGUUUAACUUUGGUAUUUAAUUCAAUUAAAUUUUUUUGUACAGAACUCCUUAUUAAGUGUAUAUUAGAUAAGAUAAGUUAUCUAGUAUUCUAAAUAUGAGAUAUGUACUUUUAUUGUCAGUAUUAAUGUUAUGAUGCAUAAUCAGUUCCCUGAUGCUGAAUGUAUAUUCGACAUGUAAUUUUUUUUUUAUUUCCUGGUAUUCUAUUUUCAUUUGAAAAUAUGUAUAUAUCAACAUAUAUCCGUCCAUUUGUUUUUGUUCUCUAAUAUAUAUAUACUUGCACUGGUUGUGUAUAAAACUGAUUGUCUCUUGAUCACACUGAUACUGUGCUAUAAAAUCUUAUUUUAAGAAACAGGGUAUUUGUUCGCCAAACGGUUAAAUUGACUCAAGUAUUAUUUUGUACUAAUUGAGUUACACACAAGUAAAUGUAGUUAAAAUAGAUAUGACUUCUUAACAUUCCCUUAAAUUUACAUGUACAUAUAUUAGUUAAAACAGAUCCACCCCUGAUCCUGCUGGCCAGAGAGUUUAAAAUGUUUUUAUGAAGACUGUCAAUGCAUUCAUCAACACAUCAAUUAAGCACCAUUCUGUAUUCAAUCCGCCUUGAUUGCAGAUAAUUACAUGUUGUUUCACAAAUAUAAUCCAUCUUGCACUGCACCAAGAAAUUAUUUUUCUUUCUUACAACCAGCUUUAAGUUACCAGGUAGAAUGCCAAGGAUGAUGAAAAAAGCAUUGAUUUUUUAAAACACAAAUUUACUACAAACACUGAAUUUUUUAAACAGGGUUUUUUUUAUAUUUAAACAUUAUUUAUUUAUUUACCAGAAGUUUUAUCAUGACGCAAAGCUAUUUUUAUUUAUGUUGUUUGAGUGUUGUGACCAGACUGUGAUAUAAUCUCUUCAUGAAUGUUAAUCCAUUGUCUUUUCCUAUUGGUUUGUUUAUAUAGUGAGAGACUUGCAUUCUGGUGUCCAUCAUUAUUUAUUUUAUUUUUUUUUAUAUUGAUGGACAGAGGGGCAUUUUUGCUGUUAAUAUUUUGACAUUCACACGAAUGUAAUUUUAUUAACUUGAGACAUUUUGAUUGUUAAAAUAAAUCAUGCGACAUCCCCAUAAA